AUGUCUCUUGAUCGUCAGAUAUCAGAGCUAACAAGCGCCGUCCAAUCUAGCAGAGAUGGAAUCGACGAUAGCACCCGGUUCAAGGCCAUCAAAGCCGCACAGGGGUUGCUGGCAGCCUUGGGCUCUCCAGCCGAGACAGUCAUUCAGGAUGUCGUUAUGAAUUCGGUCCUUCUUAUGGCACUUCGUAUGGGUGUCCAGCUCGAUGUCUUCAAGACUAUCAGAGAUAACCAAAAUCAUGCAACAACCACACAGCAGAUCGCCAGCAAAUCCGGCGCAAGUGUAGUUCUCGUGGACCAAAUCAUGAGGCUACUCGCAGCUUCUGGCUACGUUCUGGAAGAAGAUGUCCAAUCAUACAAACCAUCACCUCUCACAAUGGUAAUGGCUGAGCCUACCUUCGAAGCCACAACUCGAGCAUGCUUCGAUAUCGGCAACUUCUGUACCACGAGAGCUCCAGAGUUCUUCCGCAAUAACAACAACCAAUUUCCCAAAUCCGCCAAAGACACCCCGUUCCAGCUCGCAAUGAACACAGAGCUCAGUUACUUCGAAUGGCUUGGUCACAACCCCUCCCUGGCAAAGGACUUCCAACAAUGGAUGACCCUGAAGCAGCAAACAACCCCGAACUGGGCCGACUGGUUCGACAUCAAAGGCUCCAUCACCGACGGUUUCAACGACUCAGCGAACAACGUCCUCCUCGUCGACGUCGGAGGAGGCGAGGGCCAUUACCUGCAUGCCUUGAACGAGAAAAUCCCCUCCCUUCCCGGACGUCUCGUCCUCCAAGACCUGCCUCACGUCGUAUCGAGUAUAAAGACUCCCCCGAAAGGAACUGACCUGAUGCCUCACGAUUUCUUCGCUCCGCAGCCAGUCAAAGGUGCUCGAGCAUAUUAUCUGCACUGGAUCCUUCAUGAUUGGGCCGAUGAGCAAGCCCGCCAAAUCCUCACCAAUAUCGUCGAAGCUAUGGAACCGGGGUAUUCCCGCCUCAUUAUUAAUGAGUAUAUCAUCCCGGAUAGACAUUGUGAUUUUCCCACUGCGUGCAUGAGUAUCAUGAUGAUGGUCCAGGUUGGCGCGUUCGAGCGGUCUGAGAAGCAAUGGCGUGAGCUGCUUAACUCUGUUGGUCUGGAGAAGAUUGUUUUCCAUCAGCCGCCUGGUGGUGGGGAGGGUGUUAUUGAGGCUGUCAAAAGCCAUAAAUGAAUGGAAGAUAGAUUGUCGAGAUUUGAUGACGGGAAUGAUAGGAAUAUGAAGUCUCCAUUCUGAUGUGGUC